GUCUCCAAGUCUUGGGCUGCUGUCCCAAUUGAUGGCAACUCAGAUUGGUUUAAAAAGCAAGCAGAAUUGGUAGAGAAAGUUGUUAGUACAAUGCCAGUUCACUUGCAAGUCAAUUACAAAGAAUCCAUCAAAAAUGACCAGAGCCUUACAAUAUGUAAUUCUGAGGUAUUCUACAUUCCUCGGAAAUUUGUAGCAGAUUUCAGCAAUCUUAUAAAUCUAGUGGGCGAUCUCGAUAUCCAUCACAAGGUUGCAAUACCACUGUUCUUCUUGGCAAUGGACUCGGCUCAGAAUUUUGACUCGGUGUUCAAUGCUAUGAUUUAUGAGCAAAAACCGCCAACUAAUUCUUCAAAAUUUAUUCUGCCAAAGUGCCUGCAAUUCACUCUUGGAAUGUGGCCACGCGGUGGUGUCUACGCAUUCUCGAGUGGAACGAGAGAUGUGAUUGAGCUGAGGUUGGUUGAGGUUUUAAGAGCUAUGGUGAGAUUUCAAGCUUGUUUUUUGAAGCCCAUGAAGCUAAGGCCAAGGUUGUUUAAGAGGGGUAGGGUAGAUGAGAAGAAGAAUGUGAAGAGCGAAUUGCCUGGUUAG